CACUGGUCUGAAAUAAUUUCAUUAAAAUGACAAGUAGCUAUUUAAUAGCACCUAAUCAUACAAAAUACAGACGGGCUAUACAAUACUUACUUGCGUGUAAUCAGCAUCGACAUUAGACUGAUAUGAAUCCAGAACGGUUAUGGGGGUUUGGUUUCACUUAUUUUGUUGGUUUCAGUUCUUGGGCGGGAGGACGUGUCUUGUAAACAGAGUACAGCUGCCGUUGUGCUGUGUACUGUAGUUGGUGGUGAAGCAGUCUGAAGUAAAAGACAAAUGGCGAGAGGGAGAAGACAAAAUCGAUACAUGAAGAAACUGUUCAUCCUUCGAGGUUUGCCAGGAGUUGGAAAGACAGAGAAGGCAAAUGAACUCUGGGACAAAUAUGCAAGACUUGGACUGAAAGGAGAAAUUUUCUCCACUGACAGGUACCAUGAAAGAAGCAACUACAUCAAAGAAAACUUUCACCGCAACCAUCAGCAGAAUAGAGAGGAUGUUUUUAAAGCCAUGAACAGAGGUGUGGAUCCGAUCAUCGUUGACAACACAAACAUUUCUCUUUGGGAGAUGUGGCCCUAUAUCCACAUGGGGAUUGCACAGAAGAACUAUGACAUCAGAAUGGUGGAACUGCCUGAAGGCUAUCCUCAGAAGAAAAUCUCCAUCAACAAGCUGUACAGACGGUGUCAUGGUAACAUCCCCAAGCGUAAGUUCAGGUCCUUUGAGGUUCGCUGGGAAAAAGCUGACAGCAUCUGGCAUGUACUUAACGACGACUACUCCAAAAAACGCUGGAAGAGAAGCAAAGAGGAAUGGAACGUUCAGUGAUGAAGACAUGCUGGUCUUCUCCCCCCCCCCCACCCCAAAGUCUCCAAAAUCCAGAACAAAUUCAAGAAAACGUACAGUAUUAUUAUAGAGCCCUUAUUGCAUGGAACUUCCUUCCAUCUCAUAUUGCCCAAAUAAACGGCAAACCUGGUUUCAAAAAACAGAUAAAGCAAACUCCUCACGGCACAACGCCUCUCCUCUAUUUGACCCAGAUAGUUUGUGUGUAUGCAUUGAUAUGUAGGCCACGUGUGCCUUUAAAAACAAAUGUAUGUCCUUGAGCUGUUCUUGUCUAAUGAUGUUCUGUAUUAUGUCAUUCUAUAUUAUGUCAUUCUGUAUUAUGUCAUUCUAUAUUAUGUCAUUCUGUAUUAUGUCAUUCUAUAUUAUGUCAUUCUGUAUUAUGUCAUUCUAUAUUAUGU